AUGUCGACACCUGCUUUGGUCGGAAGCCGUUUGGCAGUCCGAUGCCGGCGAGCAGCUGGUCUCGUAGCUCUACCGAGAAGCAGCACUAGCACCACAGCCAACCGCCGCACUCUCGCCGUUGCGGGUGCGUUAAAAGGGGGCCAUCUCCCGUCACGGCAACGGCGAAAGGGGCAGAUGCGUGUGCAUAUCCGGACAAGGUCGAAGAAGCUUCGUUCGCCAGCAGAGAUGCGUGGAAUCGUCGGUGCCCUCCUCCUUUCUUUCCUUCCUCGUCUCGUCGAUGCUGCUCCCUCGCAUUGCGGAAGCAGGAGUGUUCCUGCGGUCGAACUGAGGACGGAUUACGACGUCAUCGUCGUCGGCGGUGGUCCUUCCGGGCUCGCCGCCCUCAGCGCCCUCGGCCGCGUUCGCCGUCGAGCGCUGCUCGUCGAUUCGGGCGAAUACCGCAACGCGCCGACCCGGCACAUGCACGACGUGCCCGGAUUUGACGGAAUCCCGCCGGCCCUCUACCGCUGGGCGGCGAUGCAGCAGAUAUCCCACUACGAGACGGCCCACGCCAUCAACGGCACCGUCACCCACGUCGAUGCCGAGUCGAACAAGGGAUGUUCCUACUUCACCGUCACCAUGGACAUCCGAAACGGCACCAUCACGUCGAAAACGGCGCGCAAGGUGAUCCUCGGCACCGGCUUGCGCGACCUUCUCCCCGACACGCCGGGGCUCCGGGAGAGCUUCGGCCAGGGCAUCUACUGGUGCCCCUGGUGCGACGGCAUGGAGCAUGCCGAUCAGUCCAUGGGUGUGCUCGGCUCCUUCGAAAAGGCCGUCGUCGCCGUGGCCGAGAUCAUCACGCUCAACACGGACGUCGUCGUCCUGGCCAACGGCACCGUCACCAACGAAGCUCGAGCGAAAGCCGAAGAGGAGUUUGCUCCAAACUCGGAGGCCUACCUCGGGGACCACGGUGUCCGCGUCGACAACCGCACCAUCUCCCGCAUCGUGCGGCUCAAGCACGGCGCCGACGAGAAACGGUCCACGCGGCCGACGGCGCCGGAGCAUGACCUUUUCCGCAUCGAUUUCGACGACGGCAGCAGCAUCGAGCGCCAGGUUCUCUUCGCCAACUACCCCAGCGAGCAGCAAUCCGCCGUCGGGCAGCAGGCCGGCGUCGACAUGCGCGCCGGCAGGAUGGCUGUCGACAGCAACAUGCUCACUAGCAUCCCCGGCAUCUACGCCGUCGGGGACGCCAACUCGGACAACAGCACCAACGUCCUACAUGCCCUGUACACGGGCAAGAGGGCCGUCGUUCAUCUCCAUGUCGAUUUGGAAAGGGAGCUGAGCGGCACUCUGAGGAAGCGUUCCUCGCAAUCGGAUGCCGAGGAGAUGCGAAAGAUUUGGGCGAGGGUCAACGGCGAGCCCGGCCAGCCGCUAUACGCGGGCGAGUACCGAUAG